AUGGAUGGUGCUGCCUUAGUAAGUGUUAACACAUUAGUUGAACAUCAGUUUGUGAGUCAGUGGUUAAUGGCAAACGACCCUGCCAUAAACACUUGGUACUCUAGUGGUAUUAUUGACGAAGAAACACUAAAAAUGAGAUGGGAGGGUGAUGUGUAUGAAUAUCUUUGGAGUAGAGAGUAUUCCUUAAUAUCUUUGCCGUAUAUAUGCGAAAUCAGCCAGACUGAAGCCUACAAAAUAGUCAAAGAAGACAGAGAUUUUGAUUUUGGGUCAAAUUUCUCUGAUCCAGCGUUUGCACCUAAAGGUCCAAAGUUCGUUCUCCAUCAACAAAGUGUAGUUGUUGUUCGAACUGAUCGUACAUUGAUUGCUGAAAUAGAAUAUAUAGCCACUGGGAUACCUCAACCAAAUUACAAAAUCAUUCAAACAGAUGUUGAAGGCAAUGUUACAGACAUGACUACACUAGUUGAUUCUCGAUACACUGUCACUAAUGGGAAGUUGACUAUUCAGAGCCCUAACGAAGCUUUGGAUUCAGGGACUUAUUUCUGCAUUGCACAAAACGAGUUUGGUCUUGUAGUCUCAAAUCCAAUGGUGCUGUCCUUCGGAUUUUUGUCAGAGUUCAGUAAUGUUGAGCCAUCACCAGUAAAUGCCUAUAAUGAUGACAGAGCAGCGAUAGACUGUACAGCUCCUAACUAUAGACCAGCCGUUAUUUACCAGUGGUACAAGGGGAAUUACCAUUUUAUACGUCCAGAUCUUCAUGCGUAUAUGUUUAUUUCAAGGAAUGGUAAAUUGUAUUUUUCUGUUGUGUCUACCAACGACGCCGGAAAUUACCGAUGCAUUGUUAAACUGUCAUCUAAUAACGGAGCGGCCAUUGGAACAAAUCAGCCUCCAAGCAGGAUAAGUCUGCCAAUACAGCUUCGGAUUCUUAAUGCAGCUGCAUCUAUUUGGGGACCAGAAAUUGCUAACGAUUUUCCAGCAGUGUUCCCAACUACUCCGAAGCGUGGACAGAAUGUUCAUCUGGAGUGUUUAGCGUAUGGAUCAAUGCCGAUAUCCUAUUACUGGACACGCAAUGGGCUACCCAUGCCACCAGACGCCUACAUGGAGGAUCACAACAGGGUGUUAGUUAUACCAACAGCUAAGGUAGAGGAUAGCGGAAAUUAUACAUGUCACGUGACAAGGCAAAAUGUACAUGGUGAUUUCAAGCAUUUUUAUCUCUCUGUAGAAGCGGAACCGUUUUUCCUGUUUUCACUCAAAGACCAGCACAUCGAUCAAGGAAGCCAACUAACAUGGCACUGUGCUGCACGUGGAAUACCUGCUCCAACAUACUUCUGGUUGAAAAAUGGCGUCAGACUGCAUACAAUUGAAGGGGAUAUAACUGUUAGUAAUAAUGUUCUUGUUAUUCACAAUGCUGAUCCUGCCCGUCAUAAUGGAAUGUAUCAAUGUGGAGCAGAAAAUAAACACGGAAUAAGUCACACAGAAGGACAAUUACGUGUUCUAGGUUUUAAACCCACUUUUAUAAAACGCCCAGUAGAAGAAGUGGUGUAUGGUGCUCUCGGCGGCAAUGCUUCAUUUACAUGUCAACCCGAGGCAGCUCCGUUUCCAAUAUUCAAGUGGUUGAAAAAUGGUGCUGAAAUAAAUUUAGUUCCGGGAGACACAUCCUCCAGGAUAAUGAUGCUAACUAAUGGAAACCUGUUGAUAACUGAAAUAAACACUCUUGAUGCAGGUUACUAUACAUGCGUAGUUGAAAAUAGUUUUGGAAUAGCCAGCAACGCAGGACAGUUGGUAAUCACAAGCAGAACAGUGAUUAGUGUAAGGCCUCAACCUGUAACAGCUUCUCUAAAUGAAACUGCUUUUAUCAGAUGUCAGGCAACAGUUGAACAAAAUAUAGAUCUUGUUUAUGGUUGGAAUUUUAAUGGGCAUCAAAUUGAUGUCGAUAACGACAUUCACUUUACAUUAGGCACAUCAUAUAUGCUGUCAGGUUUGUUUGUAAGAAUGGCACAACACAAGCAUGCUGGAUACUAUGAAUGUGUAGCUAAAACUCCAAUGGACACAGACAAAGCAGGCACAACAUUGACUGUCAUCGGUCCACCUGGAGAAAUUGCAUACGUGUAUGUGGAAACUGGUACAAUAACAGCAACUUCUGCACGCCUUGGUUGGGUUCUAGGAUAUCGAUAUCAAAAUCCAGUAUUAUAUUAUGUAGUUGAGAAUGCUAACGAACCUUAUACAAACUGGACAGUUUUUAUACCAAAUCUACCGGAAGCUAAUGUAAUCAUUCCGAUAGAAGAUAACAGCAAAAGACUUUAUCAAUUGACUGGACUUAAUCCUGGAGUUCCUUAUAAAUUCAGAGUAAGAGCCGCCAAUGCUUUCGGUAUCGGACCUAUAAGUAGACCAUCAGUUAUUUAUCGAACCCUGAUGGCACCGCCACCUAAAGCACCUGACAAUGUCGGAGGUGGUGGUGGGAUGGUAGCUGACUUGACGAUAAGCUGGGAUACACUUCCACCUUUGCACCAGGGUGGACCAGGAAUUGGCUAUUAUGUUUACUGGAGAUUAAAAGGAGGAGACACAUGGUCAAAGGAGGCUGUAAAUGGGAAUGUGGGAGUGUUUGUUACACAAAUUGGAGUGAACAACUAUUAUCUACAGUAUGAUGUCAAGGUUCAACCGUUCAACAAUUUAGGAGGAGGACCCAAUUCAACUAUAUCUACUAUUUACUCUGCAGAAGAUUUGCCUAUCGUAACAGUAACGGGUAUCAACGCUUAUAGAUAUAAUGCAACUGCAAUUUUGGUAACAUGGGAUUCAGUUAAUAACACCCGAGAGGUAAUGAAAGGGAAAAUCAUGGGAUAUCAAGUAAAUUAUUGGGAACGAAGCGAUCCUGAUCCAAUUGUUGAUUCUAUAAGUUGGAGAACACUAGACACGUAUGGACUUUGUAUUGGACUGUUACCAAACACAUGGUAUGAGUACGAUGUACAAGUUUUCAAUUCAGCAGGAGUUAAUUCCAGAGGAGAAGUAUACUUUCAAAGAACAACACUAAACGCCCCAUUAUCAUACCCAACGGAAGUAGCUGUUGCUUCACAUGGAUCUGAUAGUGUGGCGGUAUCGUGGAGAGGUAUUUUGAUAGGACCCGAAGAGGAAUCUCUCACAGGAUACAUAGUAAGAUAUUGGUUACAAGGAGAUGACAUAACGCAAGCCACGGAGUUGAAGACAGACAUGGAAACGCAUGCUGUAAUCUAUGGUAUCGGUAAAGGUGAACUUUACCAGUUACGACUAGCUGCUACAAAUCGUGGCGGUGAUGGAAACUUCGGAAACACUGUGCAUUUUACACUAGGUGGACAAGUAGUUAUAGAUCCGACCUUGUCUGAAAUUAGAGCUGGAGUAAAUGGAUUAGUUCCCAGUUUAAUAUGCAUUCAUAUAACUUGCUUAUUGUCGUGUACAUUUCAUCUUUUGAGUUAUUUCUGAAACACGGUUUGUCAUAUUUUUGUGUGAAUAGUUUUGUAUUACUUGUUAUUGAACUGAACAAAUAUUCAACAUUAUCCGUGAUACUGAAUGUCCAAAUGAUAACUGUAUGAGUGCACAGCGUAUCUGUAAAAAUAACGCUUUAGAAAAAUUGCCUGUCGUGUAUUUUACAUGUUGGAAAAGUUAUAUAUCAAUCCAACGACGAUGAACUUUUUUUUUAUUGUGUAUGUAGUCAUGGAAGUAGUGAAGAGAGAAAUAGUAUGUUAAACAACGUUCUUCAACUGUACUAAACAAAGGUUGAAUGUCCCUUUAUGGUAUCUUUUGCCUCUCUUGUAUCGAAUUUGUACUCGCCAUGUGCAACACGACACCUGACACAUGUAAAACAGAAUCUGACUGCCCUUUCGGAGCACCUAAGGUCAACCCUUUUUUUUCUUUU